CAACUCCAAGCAUGUAGCUGCAGUGACUGAAAAUAAUACAUCCAGCUGGAGAAGCCGAUUAUACUUAUCAAAUCAAGUGUCCAAUUUUCCCCAGUCGUUGGCACUCAUACAUAUUCUUACUUGGGAUUGUAUGAAUAUUCCAUCCGCGUACCUGCCACCGACGCCUCGACUCCUUUCGGAAAGCGCCAUUCUGGACGCUCGCCGAUCAAACAGACCGCGGAUGAAUCAUCCUUAAUAACAUCAGUAUCUCUAAUGGAGAUGAACACAAGCCAGGGCUCGGGCAUCGCCCCGACCCAGCGCGGCGAUAGCGACGUCGCCUUCAAGAAGUUCGACUCGUACCCCUGGGCGCGGGAUCGCUCAUUCCUUCAAGGCCUCAUGGCCACCCUGGGGCCCUCGCUCCUCAUUAACGCCGAUGGCUUCAACCGCCAAAAGGCCCUGAGCACCACCCUGCAAGCCCGCAUCUGGUGGUACAAAUCGCGCUUCAACACCGACAUCGACCGCGCCGCAUACGAGGCAUACAGCGCCUCCCAUCCGCUCUCGAGCCCAGACGGCUCCAUCCUCGCCAAGCUCGAGGAGAUCCAGCAGCGCAUGGGCGGCGCCGGCGGCGCCGGCGGCACCGGUGGUCCAUCCUCCGCCAGUAGCCAGAGCCAAAACAUCCCCGCGUGGCAACUCAACGCGCCCAAAGUGGACCUCAGCAAGAAAGCCGACGACGGGGCGAGCCACGCCAACACCGGCGACGGCGCGCCGUACCCCGAGAACUUCCAGGCGCUGAUCGAGGCCGUGACUACGGGCAAGCCGAUCCCGGGGAUCAAAGAAAUCCCGAAUACGGUUGUGCGGCCGCCGGGUGUCACACCCUUUGGCAAGAUGAAGGCGCCUCGCAAGCCGUGGGAGAAGGAGGCUGCCCCUGACAGCUUAGCGCAAGCAGGCGUGUUUGGGAAUGUGGUCGACAAGGAGUUUCCUCCAUUGCCCAGCGAGAGGAGCAAUUGAAACUGAAGACAUCAGAGCAGCGACCAGUGCACCAUGCCGUGGAUCCCAUGAGCAUGCCUGAGAUCGGAUCAUGGCUCACUGAGACCGCGAUAACAAAUAUUCCCGCCUGCUGCUGGAACGGUUGGGAUGCUUUGACCUGCCAUCCGCAUGAGAGAGCUGAGUAUCAGUGAGCAGGAGAAAGAAGCAGAAGAGAAGGGAGCAGACGAGGCAGAAGAAAACAAGGGCGGAAAGACAUGAGCAACAAAUGCUGCUUCGGAAACAGGGUAUCUAACUCAUCUAGCACCCGCUCUGUCACAGCUGUUGUUGCACCAAAAGCCAGGGAUUACGCCUGGACAGACAGGAACUGGGGGGCGACGUCAGGACGUGAAAGCAUACAGCCAUAGUUGGCUGCCAGAUAUGCCAGCACAUAAUAGAUCUCAAUAAUACAAGAACCAUCAUCAUCUCA